AUGGUGGAUCUGUUCCUUGGUCGGGUUCUGGUGAAGAACAACAAGGACCAGGAUGAGCUGGACACUGAAAGAGAGAUUGUUUUGCGCCUGCAGAACCGUAUCCUAAUGCUUCUCUUUGCAUCUGCUGCAUGUGAGAGCUGCCAGAAGUUUGCCCCUACUCUUCAUGACUUCUUCAAACGCCUGACAGAUGAAUUCUAUGUAGACCGCUCUGCCCAAUUAGUUCUCCUCUACAUUAGUUUAGAUCAGUCAGAGGAGCAGCAGGAGAGCUUCCUGAAGGAGCUGCCUAAGAAAUGCCUGUUCCUGGCCUACGAGGACCCCUAUAGGAAGGAGCUACGGGCAGCGUUCAAUGUGGAGGAGCUGCCAACAGUGGUGGUCCUGCGUCCCGACUGUUCAGUCCUCAACCCAAACGCAGUGGACGAGAUUUGCCGCCUCGGACCGGACUGCUACUGCAACUGGCAGGAAGCAGCGGAGCUCAUAGACAGGAACUUCAUGAUCAAUGAGGACUUUGACGAGAACACCAUGCGCAGCCUCAGCGACCCUUUGAGACGGCUCAAGUACAAGCUAGAGGAUGGCAAAAAGAGAAAGAAGAUGAGAACGCAUAAGAGGUGGAAUAUGGGUGGAGAGGAGGAGGAGGAGCAGGUGGAAAGGAAUGAAGGAGCAGGUGCUGAUGAUGACAGUGGAGGAGGAACGCCGUGGUGA